CGAGAGCAAAAGAUGGAAAUGGAAAUGGAGUCCACUUGGAAGACCCUGUUCCAGCGGAGGGUGGUGUUGGCGGCCAAGCACUGCUACAACGUCCACGAGCGACUCCUCAAGGUGCUCGUGCCCUUGAACGCCGACUUGCAGGACAGGCGCCGCUACCCGGGGCCCUUCGCGGAGGCGACGCGGCGCGAGCUCGAGGGCGCCUCGAUGGAGCUCGGCCUCGCCGUCGCCAGCAUGGGCGCGGCCCGCCACCUGGCGCUCCGGGGCGGCGCGCCGUGCCCGAGCGCGCCGUUCGACUCCGUGGACGACCUCGCCGGGGACCCCGGCGUGUGGUGCGCGCUGGAGAAGCUCGCGAACGCCGCGGCGCUCGCCACCCGCGUACACGACGCCCUGGAGCUUGCCUGCGGCCACCUGCGCGCUGGCGAGGUCCUGCUGGCUCUGGACGAGGCCGGCGACGGCGACGAGCAGAGCCCCAGCAGCGAGCAGCUUAUCGGCGUUAUGGUGCUCUCGGAAGCGAUGUUGAAGGCGGCGGACCUCGCCACGGAGACCGCCGAAGCGCGCGAGGCGGCGUUCGGCUUCAUCGGCCGCCGCGUCAAGUGAGGUCCUCCGGUGUCAGGAAUCCGCAGGACUCGGUGGUUCGAUUCGUCACCCGAUCGCCUGUUUGAGUUUAGUAAUUCUUGGAAUGGUGGAAUAACGAACGUGCCUGUUUAGUAAUUCUUGGAAUAACGAAUCGAACGUGACUUUUUUUUUGUUGUGAUUUGGUAAAAUCUUGGAAUGAUGAAUGGUCCAUCCACCAUGUGCCUUGCGGCUAAUGUGGGUAUUU